AUGCUUUUCUUCUUCCCAGUCAGCCCGCUCUGUCUCCUCACUCUUCCCAGCCUCAGAAAAAAGCAAAAGUGGGAUCCUCCAGUCUCCAGCCUCGACUUACCCACACCACUUUUUGUCAUAUUUUUGUCGUUUUUAUCUGCUUUCUUGUGCGUAAAAAGGAUGGCUCUGGACGGGAUCCGGAUGCCCGACGGCUGUUACGCCGACGGGACGUGGGAGCUGAAGAUGCACGUGACCGACCUGAACCGGGACGUGUCGCUCAGAGUCACUGGGGAGAUCCACAUCGGAGGGGUCAUGCUCAAACUGGUGGAGAAGCUAGAUGUGAAGAAGGACUGGUCGGAUCACGCGCUGUGGUGGGAGAAGAAGAAGACGUGGCUGCUGAAGACCCACUGGACCCUGGACAAGUACGGCAUCCAGGCGGACGCUCGGCUCCUCUUCACGCCGCAGCACAAGCUCCUGCGUCUGCAACUGCCCAACAUGAAACACAUGAAGGUCAAAGUCAACUUCUCCGACCGCGUCUUCAAGGCCGUCUCCGACAUCUGCAAGACGUUCAACAUCCGCCACCCAGAGGAGCUGUCUCUACUGCGCAAACCACGGGACCCCAAGAAAAAGAAGAAAAAGCUGGAGGAGGCGGAGGUGGACCUGGCAAUGGAAGGCCCCCUGCUGACCCCCGGAUCAGCCUCUGAGGUCAUAUACAUCGGCCCUGUCAAAGGGAGCAUCUACUCCAGCCCAGGCCUGUACAGUAAGACCAUGACCCCCACGUACGACUCCAGGGACGGCAGCCCCCUCUCCCCCACCUCGGCCUGGUUUGGGGACAGCCCACUCUCUGAGGGGAACCCCGGGAUCCUCGCGGUCAGCCAGCCCAUCUCCACCCCCGACACACUGGUCAAACUCUACAAGCACCAGUCACUGCUGGACAAGGCCAAGAUCAACCAAGGGUGGCUGGACUCGUCUCGCUCUCUGAUGGAGCAGGACGUGAAGGAGAAUGAAGUCCUCCUGCUGAGAUUCAAAUACCACAGCUUCUUCGACCUCAACCCAAAGUACGACGCCAUCCGAGUGAACCAGCUGUACGAGCAGGCGAAGUGGGCCAUCCUUCUGGAGGAGAUCGAGUGCACGGAGGAGGAGAUGAUGAUGUUUGCAGCUCUGCAGUACCACAUUAACAAGUUGUCCAUCAUGUCCUCCGACAACCACCUGAACAACAGUGAGAAGGAGGUGGACGAGGUGGACGCCGCUCUGUCCGACCUGGAGAUCACUCUGGAGGGAGGGAAGACGUCCAACACCCUGGGUGACAUCACGGCUAUUCCCGAACUCGCAGACUAUGUCAAGGUCUUCAAACCUAAGAAGCUCACCCUGAAAGGCUACAAGCAGUACUGGUGCACGUUCAAGGACAUCACCAUCUGCUGUUACAAGAGCAAAGAGGAGUCCCACGGCACGCCCGCCCACCAGAUGAACCUCCGAGGAUGUGAGGUGACCCCUGACGUCAACAUAUCGGGUCAGAAAUUCAACAUCAAGCUGCUGAUCCCGGUGGCUGACGGCAUGAACGAGAUCUGGCUCCGCUGUGACACGGAGAAGCAGUACGCCCACUGGAUGGCCGCGUGCCGCCUGGCCUCCAAGGGGAAGACCAUGGCAGACAGUUCGUACAACCUGGAGGUACAAAACAUCCUGUCCUUCCUCAAGAUGCAGCACAUGAACCCGGACCCGCAGUUCAUCGAGCCCAUCACCACCGACAUCAACCCCGAGUGCCUGGUGUCGCCGCGCUACCUCAAGAAGUACAAGAACAAGCAGCCAGGCUUUAUCAGGGACCUGAUUUCCGCCCGGAUUCUGGAGGCGCACCAGAACGUGGCCCAGAUGAGUCUUAUUGAAGCUAAAAUGCGCUUCAUUCAGGCCUGGCAGUCGCUCCCAGAGUUUGGGAUCACACACUUCCUGGCCAAGUUCCAGGGCGGGAAGAAGGACGAGCUGAUCGGCAUCACCUACAACAGACUGAUCCGCAUGGACGCACACAGCGGAGACGCCAUCAAGACCUGGCGCUUCAGCAACAUGAAGCAGUGGAACGUCAACUGGGAGAUCAAGAUGGUGACGGUGGAGUUCGCCGACGAGCCCAGCCUGUCCUUUAUCUGCGCCGAGGUGGACUGCAAGGUGGUGCACGAGUUCAUUGGAGGCUACAUCUUUCUGUCCACGCGCGCCAAGGACCAGAACGAGUCCCUAGACGAGGAGAUGUUCUACAAGCUCACCAGCGGCUGGGUCUGA